CAGUACCCGAAUAUCAGCUCGCAUUUCCCGUCUAUUUAUAACAGGCACUAAACUUGUAUUGGGACAACAGUAUCUUUUGAAGGACAUUUGGACGUGUCUGUAAAACACGUCAUGAAAUAGUCGAAAACAAAUAACAUUUUGCACAACAGCAAAUUGACUAUAUUUUGCGUAGUAACUUGAGUUCACAUGAAAAAAUUCAAGGUGAGUAGAAUUCUAUAUUCACACAACAUUGAUACUAUGUAAAUGCAAUCUUCAAAAACCAGAGACAAAAUUAAAUGUUGUCUGCAUUUUUUCAGUAAAGUCUUAAAGUCUUGAUUUUCCUUUAGUAUUAGCCAUAACAGUAGGUUUUUAGUCAGUGUGCUAAUUAAAAUUUGCUGCACUGAGUAAUGUUGUGUCCACUGUAAGCAACUAAAAUUGGAACUGUUUCAAAUGUGUUGCUCAAAGACCUCUCUUUAUCUCUCCAUCUGGGGGUUGCUCGAGAUUCUGUCCCAGCUUUGGGUGUCAUGUCCAGGGAUAUAUUUGCCUUCAGCUCAGCCGCCUUGCAUUCUCUGAAAGUGGAUCAGGAGCUCCAGGAGUGGGAGGAUAAGCGGCAGGCAUUGGCUCACAGGAGGGCCAUGAGCCAGCCACCUGUGUCCCGGCCCUCCAGACCCCCUCCCAGACAGCAGCGGGGCCUCCAGGAGAUCCGGGUCUUUGAGGCCCGAUGCAGAGACACCACAAUCCACAACACCUUCAUGUGUGGGGACAUGAAGGGAGUACACACUGUGUUGAAGGACCCCUGCAUGAUCAACGCACUGAUGGAAACAGUACAUGAGGAGAUGGUGUGGGCUCCAGAGCUGGGUAGGUGUCAAACACAGAGAAUAUAAACUCACUUUUACUGUAUGCUUCACUGUUGUCUUUUUGUUAGACCUAUCUGUGCCUUUCUUAUAGAUCUUCCAAUCAUUCCCCAAUCACUACUCAUCGACUCUCUUUAUUCUAUCCUCUAAACAUACCUAAGCCUCUCUGGUUAUGAGCAUCUGCUAGGUAAAUAAUGUACAUGCUCUCUGUCCCUCUGACAGGGAUGUGGACCCUGAGCUCCAAGAUCAAGCAGACAUCUGCAUUGCGUCUGGCAGCCAGCAGGGGACACUCAGGCUGUGUGGAGGAGUUGCUGUUUCGAGGGGCGGAGGUGGAUGCUGACCCUGGUGGCAGCACAGCCUUGCAUGAUGCCUGUAUAGGUGGCCAUGACAACUGUCCAGCUGCUGCUAGCCCACGGAGCAGACCCUGACCUGCUGGCAGAGGACGGCAGCGCACCCCUUCACCUCUGCAGCACCACCCAGACAUUCCAGUGAGUGUCAGCACUCGUAGCCUUACUGACACUCUGCCUGGUGAUCAUUUCUGUUAUUUAUACAUAGAGAAAUGUUUCAAAGAUUAUAUGGCAGGUGGGUCUGUUGUCUUGGAUGCUAAUGAAUGAUAAGAUCAUAAGGUGGUGUCUCUACUCUCUCCAGGUGUGCUGAGCUGCUGGUGACAGGUGGGGCAGACGUCAACGUGUUGACCAGUGAAACAAAGCUAAUGCCCCUCCAUGUGGCGGCUCGUCGAGGUCUGGAGGAGCAUGUGAAGCUCUUUCUGUCCAAUGGAGCUGCCGUGUCAGCUAGGAACCGUGAGGGGGAAACCCCCCUGAACGCAGCCUGUGGUGGGGCUGAGAGGCCUGUGGAGGCGGGGCGGUACCUCCGCGUGGUCCAAAUGCUGCUGGGAGCUGGGGCUGACCCCUGCACUGCAGGCAGGAAGCACCACACACCUCUGCACAACGCCUGUAGUAACUGCAGCCCAUGCAUCGCAUACAUUUUACUACAGCAUGGAGCCAAAGCAGAUGUGCAGAACUGUGCAGGAUACACACCCAUGGAUUGUCUGUUACAGGUGGGGGAUAUGGGGGGGAGGGGGGGGGGCAGGCAGAGGGAGCUAAUGGAGAGUUCUGGGGUCAAAGUGUAAGAUCCAUUUGGACAGAAGGUUAUAUAAUUAUGUUUAGAAUCUUCAUAAUCUUAUCCUGUCUGCAGGUGGUGGAGGACUAUCCAGACCAGCAUCCUGAGGCAGUAGCACGCUCCCUCCUAAACCACGGGGCCAAGGCCGGUAAAAGCUUGGUAUGUCAGGGUGGGCAAGUGGAAAAGUGAGUUGGGCCAAGUUGAGUGUAAAAAUGCCGGCUGGAGGCUGCAUUUGGGCCCAUUUAAUUAUAGUUUAUUGGGGUGAAAUAUGUGCACCAGCAAAAGCUUUUGGGGGCACUAUGAAAAUGGGUUAAAGCUAAUUCCCUGCAAUUCUACGUAGACAACAUAUUUUGGAGGGCAGACUGUUGCAUGAUAAUAACCCACAGCUUUCCUCCAUAUAGAUGCUGAAGCUCUGCUUCCUCUCCCCUGCCACUCUGGAGGUAAUGCUGAACUGCUAUGCUGUUGUCCCUUCCUGUGAUGAAUGGAUGGAAUCUAUCCCUCUUGAGAUACAUGAGGUUUGUCCUUUUCUCAAUUUUCAGCUCUCUCCUUCACUGCCUGAACCACCUAAUGUCCUUCUUCCCUUUCCCUCCCUGUCUCUCUGUCCCCAGGCGCACCAGGGUUUCUUUGACUCUGUCAGGCAGAUGACUAGUCAGCCCCGCUCCCUGCAGCACCUGUGCCGCUGUGCUCUGCGCCGGCACUUAGGAAAAGGUAUUGACGCAGCUAUCAGUAGAUUGGACAUCCCCAGCUCUCUGAUGGAGUAUCUACUACUUCGGAAUGACGGGGAGAUCCAGUAAAUAAAGUGGAACACAUGGGACAGAAGCCAAGAGAGAGAAUGAUUUGCAUUUACAAUAACUAAAAUAAUGGUUGCAAUAAUUUGUGUUUUCUGUAUUAAUUUAUUAAUAAAUCAACAUUCUAUUUUGCCUGUGAAAA